ACGAGUGUUAAAAUGGAUGUGUUGGUGGAGUUUGGGUGAGACUUUCUUCAGGUUUCCCUUAUUAAAGUCUCCGGCUGUGAUAAACGCUGCCUCUGGGUGUGCGGUUUCCUCGCUGCUGAUCGCGCUGUACAGUUCCCUGAGUGCUCGGUCAGUGUCGGCUUGUGGGGGAAUGUAAACAGCCGUAAUAAUCACUGCUGUAAAUUCCCUCGGUAGCCAGAAUGGCCGGCACUUAAUCAUCAGGUACUCCAGGUCCGGUGAGCAGAAGGAUUUGACCGGGUGCACGUUCGCAUAAUCACACCAGCUGUUGUUGAUCAUGAAACACACACCACCGCCUCUGCUUUUCCCAGUAAGAUCCUGUGACCUGUCCGCGCGAUGCACGGAGAACCCCGGUAGUUGUAUUGCGGAGUCCGGUACCUUGUCCGAUAGCCAGGUUUCUGUGAGGCAGAUCACGCAUUAACAUUACAUUAACGUACAGCGUUAAUGUAACUCAUUACUACCGACCUCUGAAGAGGAGUGGUCAGAAUCCCUGCUGCACUACACUGCCUAAAGAAUUGAAAGGAAGUGAUUUACAGCAAUAGUACAACAAUUUCACUGCCAGUAGUGCAGGAGCAGAAAAUAGAUGAGUUUUUGUGUCAGCUACUGGCCGAACCACAUUCUGCUUGUCCCCAGCCUCCAUCAAUAGUUCUGCUGGAAGUGGGAGUUGAAGAUCUUAGAGAGUGGGGCCUCUGUCAGACAUUCCCAUUACACCAUCAUAAUAUGUUUAGGUUUGCCAGGUCUGUCAGGUGUCAUUCCCACCACCUGAUUCAACUCACCAUCAGGUGGUGAUCAGCUGACAGCUCAGCUCAGCUCUUCAAUCAAGCGUGCAGAACAUAUUGCCACAGAUCUGAUGACAUGAUUACAAAAUUGAGUGGGUGCAUGGGUUCUCUCCGGGUACUCUGGCUUCCUCUCACAUAGAUAUGAAGUUAAUGGGAUUAGGUUAAUUGGUGACUCUAAAUUGCCUAUAGGUAGGAAUGUGAUUGUGAAUGGUUGUCUGCGUCUAUGUGUUAGCCCUGCAACAGUAUGGCGACCUAUCCAGGGUGUACCCUGCCUCUUGCCCUAAGACAGCUGGAAUAGCCUCCAGCCCCCCUGUGAUGCUGAAAACGAUAAGCAGAAGAGAAUGGAUGAAUGCUUUUUUUUAAGUGCUCAGAUUUUUUGUGAGAUUAAGGGGAGAGGCAGGGAGUUUGUAGUCUUUUUCAAAAUGCCAACCAUAAAAUAGUCUUUGGAGCAUAAAUAGUUAAAUAUUUUCCUCUCAUUACUUUCAGGGAGAAACUGGCUGAAUAACCUGGGGCAAAUGUUGGAUGACAGAUUCUGUAUCAACAAUGGAGGAAAACAGUGAUGAAGAUUUAGUUGUUGAGCUAUACUGUGAGGAAGUAAAUGACCCUCCAUCUGCACCAUGUUCUACCUGCUGGGAUGACUGUCAGCAGAUUAUUACAGGAGUUACUUGUCAUCAUGUGAAGACAAAAGUGUUUUACAUCAGCAGUGAGUUAGUGUCUCAGCAUUUGGACAGUCCUGUUGGUGACAGUGAGAACUACACAGUGAUUACAUUCAGAGAGGAAGAAACUGAGCAAGAACCGACAGACAUGAAGAGCUCAGAGCCAGACUACCUGAAACCAGAAGAAGAAAAGUCCAGCCAGACUCCUGAAGACAUGAAGGAUGAAAUCGAAAGUCAGUCCUUAGUUACCUCAACACACACAGUGAAACACCUGCAAACCUUAUUGAAAAAACUGGGCUUGAAGCAGAACUACACAAAGAAGCUAUCACUCAGGAGAAUACUUGGGAUUAAUAAGAAGACCACCACUGAUGAAUCUGCGAAGUGCAAAUCAGACCUUCCAUGGUAUUUUCUAAAGAAACUAAUGAUGUUUAAUGUCACUGCUAGGAAUGUGAAAUGUACAUCAGAGUGUGAUUCAACCAGUGAUGAUACAUCAGGAACUAAAAAGUUAAAUCUUAAAAAUAUGGUCAGCAGUCCAAACACAGAUAACAUGGUGAACCCACUCGACAUAAUCACUGCUCUCUUUCUGUGUUCUGAUGGUUUUCUACAGCAGGAAAUGGCACUAAAAAUGUCCAUGUGUCAGUUCUCUGUCCCUCUGCUGCUUCCCAGUUGUGACACAGGACAGUGCACACUCAUGCUGUGGGCCAUGAGAGACAUUGUUAAAAAGUACAGACCUCAGUCUCUUUCACAGUCAAAGGGCUUCAUUGAAGAAAGAAUCGUUCUCUCUGAACUUCCAAUGGUCUCUUUUGUCAGACUGGGUGAGUGCUCCUUGUCCAAGUCAGAGAUUCUCAAUAAGCUUCUGAGCAAUUCUCAGCAGUACCACGACACCUUUGUUCACCACAACAUGGAGUGUGGUGACAGUUCAAGAAGAAUUUCCAACGGACUGACUGAAAUUACUUGGUAUCUUCCUGGUGGAAACACAAACAUUGAUAUUUUCAGUCAGCCAGUGGCUGUAGCUAACCUUCGUGGGGACAUUGCUUCAUUUGAAACACAAUACUCCUUUUUGUGUCAGACAUCUGCAGCAGUUUUUGUUUUCUUUGAGCAUUUGGAUUCUGAGUCUGAGUCUGUGAUCAAUCUGCUUAAAAGCCAACACCACAAAGCACAGAUCUUCUUGGUCGGUAACUAUGAGAGCAAGCGCUUCAAUUUAGAUGCUUUGGAAAAAGUAGCAACUGAGUUGGAUUUAACUGAAAACAACAUCAUUAUUAAGACAAAGCAGAAAAAUGAUGCAGACUUUGUAAAAGAUUUAAGGAAAACUGUCAGAAAUGUGGUUGAGAAAUCAGAGCUGAAGAUGAAAAUAGAGAAGAUGGUGGAUGUUGCUCAUGAACUGGGAAUCCUGGUUGAUGAAGAUUCUCCAGAGUGCCAGACUGCAAAGAAAAAUGCAAAAACCAUCACUGAAGAAAUUCAAGACAUCCAUAAAUACAAAGAAGAUCAGCUUCCCCGACAAGGACAAAUAUGGAAAACACUGACCUUGUUAGAGAAGGAAGAGUUUCGACUUCGAAAUGUUGGGUCUAAAAAUGUAGAAGAUUACAAAAGUGAUCUUCAGAAACAGAAAUAUGAACUGCGGCAAAAGCAGAACUCUUAUGAGAUGUCGACAGCUAUGACAAACUUCAUCACAGGGAUAUCAAGCCCAGGAACAGAGAGGUUUUAUUUCCUGAAAUGGAUGAGAAUGAACCUCGAUAAUGUGUCUCGUAUAAAACUGUGUGAACUCAGGGAGAAAUAUAAAGAAAAAUGCAAAAACUCUGAGAACAAAGAGGAGAUCAAAGAAAUUGACAGACAAAUUUCCAUCAGCUCACUGGGGAUUGAACACUUCUUCAGAGAAAUGGGUCAGAUCUAUGAAGCGUCACUGUCCCUUCCAAAAACAGACCCAUCACGUCAACAAUUGCAGCAUCUGCCCAAACUGUGUGCAGAGUUGUUGCUUGAUGGAUUUCCUCUUGAGCUUGUAGAUGGAGAUGCAUCCAACAUCCCUCUCAGAUGGGUGAGUGAUGUUCUCUCUCAGCUCAGUGACCUGGUGUCUCCAAACAGAAAGAUACGAGUAGUCACAGUUCUUUGAGUUCAGAGCACAGGAAAGUCCACUCUCCUUAACACCAUGUUUGGAGUGCAGUUUGCAGUCAGCAGUGGUCGAUGUACUCGAGGUGCCUUUAUGUUGCUCAUCAAAAUCAAUGAAGACAUGAAAAAUGUCCUAAACUGUGACUUCUUGGUGAUCAUUGACACUGAGGGCUUAAAGUCACCAGAACUUGCACAACUGGACAACAGCUAUGAACACGACAAUGAGCUUGCAACACUUGUUGUUGGGCUAAGUGAUGUCACCAUAGUGAACAUUGCAAUGGAGAAUUUAAUUGAAAUGAAAGACAUCCUGCAAAUAGUUGUGCACGCUUUUCUCAGGAUGAAGGAGGUGGGCAAAAAGCCUAAAUGUCAGUUUGUUCACCAGAAUGUGUCGGAUGUUUCAGCCCAUGAUAAGAACUUACGAGACAGGAAACUGCUCCUGGAUCAGUUAAAUGAGAUGACUCAGGCAGCAGCCAAAAUGGAAAAGAAAGAGGGGAACAAGAGCUUCACUGAUGUGAUGGAGUACAGUCCAGACACUGGGAACUGGUACAUUCCUGGACUGUGGAAUGGAAACCCACCAAUGGCACCAGUUAAUGCAGGAUACAGUGAGGCUGUAUAUGAGCUCAGGAAAAACAUCAUCCAACUAGUGAGCGACUGUGAGUCAUCUUCUAAUGAUAUCAUGGAGUUUAAAGAGUGGGUGAAAAGUCUGUGGAAUGCAGUAAAGCAUGAAAACUUCAUCUUCAGCUUCAGAAACAGCCUCGUAGCUGAUGCAUACAUGAAGCUCUGCACAGAGUUCAAUAAAUGGGAGUGGGAGUUCAGAAAAGAAAUGUACACCUGGGUAAGAAAUGCAGAAACAAAAAUUUCCAAUUUUGGUACCAUUGCAGCAAAAUCUGAAACAUCUGACAUGAGAGAAUUUCUCAGAUCUUUGAAAAGUAAAGCCUCCACAGUGCUGUCUACAUGGGAGACAAAGAUUCUGAACAAUCUGACACAAUAUUUCGAGCAAACAGAGGGUCAUGUGUAUCUGGUUGAAGGAUACAAAGAGGAAUUCUCAAACAGUGCAAAGGUCCUUCGUCGUGAAAUAGAAAGUGGUGUAAUGACUCAACUUGAAGCAGCAGCAGGAAUCAGACAGGGAAUGACAGAAAUUGAUAAAAUCAAAAACAAUCAUACAAAAGAGAUUGAAAAAGCAGUGCGUGCAUUAAUUGAUAAAUGUCGAAAGAAAAACAUCCAAAUGACAGACACUGAGUUGGACAAAGAGUUUGAGAAGAUGUGGAAGGAAACUUUAGAAAAACUGUCUUUCUCUGAACAAAAAACCUCAAAUGUCACAGACAGAGUGUCCUACUAUCUGAGAGAUAAUCUGAAACGUAAGGGGAGCUGUGCAAACGAGUUAAGUCAAAGGAGUUUGCAAGACUGUGGAAAAGAGUCUUUUAAAUGGACAACUGACGGAUUUUACAACAAAGUUAAACAUGGGGCUAAAAAGUUCUUUCUCGGUCAAGAUGACAUAAUGGCUGCACAACAUCUGGCUGACAGCAUCAUAGCUGCUUGCACAGACCUUGUGAAUGAACAAGUGAAAAGAAAAAAUAAUUACCAUGACACUUACAUCCAGGAGAUCCUCAACGUGAUUGAUGAGAAGCUAAAAAACCAUCAAGAUGUUAAGAUAAACAUCGAGUUUGAAGUUUCUCUAAAACAGCACAUCUGUGGAUUCGCAGCCAGAACGUUUCAGAAAAUGCACGAAGAUUUCAUAGAAGAAAAUGAUCCGUACAGAUGUCUGAUUAAAAACAAGGAAAAGUUUCAUGAUGAUUUCAAAGAUGUGUUUCAUGAACGAGACCAGUGUCAGAAGAAGGCAGAAGAAUUCACAAAUCGAUGUUUGAAGCCUGCUGUUGAAGACUUUGUUAAUCGCUCCCUGGGUCCUGAUAUCAUUGAUGAAAUGAGGAAACUCGAGCAGUUCAGCACAAGAAUGUCCUUCCAGUAUUCAAUUUUACUGGAUUUGCUCUCCAAGGAGGAUUUUCAAAAUUAUGUCAGCUAUAUUUGCUCAUAUGAGAAAUAUGUAAAGACAUGGAUACUUGAACAGAUAAAGAAGCGCUUCUCAAAUGAGUCGACAGUUUUUGAGUUUGAGGACCGACAUCUGCAGUCAUGUAUUGACAGCAUAAAUUCUGCCAUCAACGAGGCCAAAACCAGAGAGAGUGAGGAUUUGAAUGAAUUUGUUGAAGACAUUUGGAAAGAACUUGGUGAUAAACUGGUCAUUUCCCAGGAUGCUCUUGGUGCUUUCAUGAUACUGAACAAUGCGGACAAGGAACAGUUUGCUGACUGUCUCACGGCAUCUGUGAAUGACAUGACAGAAACUCUUAGAAAGAAGUUCAAAAAAUCUACCUUUGAAAUGAAACUACAACAUCUCCAUGUGAAUCCACAGAAUGAACUUUUCAACAAAUUGAUUGGUUGUGGCAAACAGUGUCCAUUCUGCAAAGCUCCCUGUGAUGCAGGAGGAAAAGUCCAUACUGAGCACUUUGUUUCACUGCAUAGACCAGAAGGUCUGGGUAGAUACAGGUGGAAGCGGACAGAGCGACUUGUCACUGACAUAUGCUCAUCCUCAGUGAUCAGUGACAACAGAUUUCGUUGCAGUCAUACAAACAAUGAAUGGCACCCUUAUAAGAAAUACAAGAACAUUUAUAAGGACUGGGAUAUUCAGCCAGAUAAGAGUCUCGAAGCAUCAGACUACUGGAAAUAUGUAAUGACAAAAUACAACAGGAAGUUUGCUGAACAAUAUGAAGCAGAACGUGCUGACAUCCCAGGUUUUUGGUAUGCCAUCAACAAAGAUCAGGCAGAAAAAAGUCUUGAUGAGUCAUACAAGUAACCAUUCUUCUAUUGCUCCUCAUUUCUUUCUGCUGUACAGAAGAUAUCGCAGAUGUAGUUUUCAUGAUAUUGAAGAAAAUGCCUCAAUAUUUUCCAAGACAAAAGUAACAUACUCUCAGUACACAAAAAAUUUACCAGUGUGGAACUCUUCCCCUGAGUUCAAUUUAACUCGAUUAAUGAAAAGUAAUCUCAUAUCAAAUGUAAUAUAUGUUUUGUGUGUGUUGUUUUUCUUCUCUUUUUUGGUAAUUGAUAUAUUCACAUUUUUGUCAUGGAUAAGUCAGUUUUCUUCUUUUUUUCAGUAACAAAGUUAACAACAAAAAAACCCCGCUCAGACUUCAUUAAUAAUUUAUGUUUCUUUGAGGAAUCUUAUGUUAAAUCUUUACACUUACACAAAUAGCAAACUGUGGAUCAAACUGUGUGCUAUCUACAAAAAAAAAGUAUAUUUAAUGCAAUCCACCAGGACAUCACAAUGCAUAUCCUUCAUGGUUCAGUCAAAACAUUCCUCAGAGCCCACUUCAGUCUCACCAUCUUUUCACAGCAUUGGUCCCUGUGUACGAUAGGUUUAUACACAGGGAGAAGGUAGACCAGGUUGUCUUGAUGAGCUAUAUGCCUUUUUUGUGUAAGCAUACAGUAUAUUCAGUGUUUUAAUGUCUCUGGUGAUGUGUGUUAUCAUAAUGAGACUUUCUAUUGUGUUUUAUAAAUUGCAGUGACAUCAGAUCAAUAAAUCUGGGGGAAAAAAUGAAAUAACAUGUAUUUUUCUUGACAUUUCAUAUGUUUCAUCAUCUGUUUUAUAAAUUAGUUCCUCAUUAAAUAAAGAAAAUUAUGUGAAAAUUCAUCCUCCCUGUUCUCUAACAAAUGUGUAAGGAAAUGGGGUAAACCGUGUCUUUGAGCUUUUCAAAAAAUCUAGUAUAGUCUAUGUGACUGUC